AUGGCCAUGAAUGUAGAUAGCAAAAAAACCCUCGGUGUCGAGCGCCACUGCCUCGUCACUGUCGGCGCAACAGCCCGAUUCACUCAGCUCCUGACCGAGGUCCUGGGCUCCACGUUCCUCGACUUCAUCGCCGCGAACCGCUACACCCACCUCACCUUGCAGUGCGGCGACGACUACGACCACUUCUCCCGCCACGUCCUGCCGCCUCUACUGGAACGAUACCCGACACUGCAGAUCACUGCCUUCGCCUUCGUCGACGACCUCGCCGUCGAGAUGGCAAAGUGCCGAGCCCACCCGGGCCUCCGCGAGGCCGGCGUCGUUAUCUGCCACGCAGGCACGGGAACCAUCCUCGACGGUAUGCGGGUCGGCGUCCCCCUCGUCGUGGUCCCCAACCCGACCCUCAAGGACAAUCACCAGGUCGAGCUGGCUGAGGAGAUCCAGCGCCAGGGCUACGGUAUCUGGGGCCGCCUCGGCGACAUCUCGUGGGCCCUCGAGCAGCUGGCUCUACUGCUCGAUAAGACCGAGCGGCAGUUCUCGCCUCACCCGGUGGCUAACGAAGUCGCGCCACUCAACGUGGACUUGUGGCAAGUCAGCGGCGCCAUGAUGGGUCGGUAUUCAGGGGAGCCUACUACUGCCUUCAAGGCGCCCGCCAAAGUGGAAGGCAGUGAGGGUUCUAUCACAGGUGCCAGAAGAGAGGUGCAGCGGGAAGAGGUCGCCCAGAUGACGAUGGACUAG